AUGGGCAGUUACCUGGGCAAGCCGGGGUCCCCGCCGUCGUCCCCAGCGCAGACGCGCACGGACUCGACGGAGAGGCCGCCGAACCGCCGGCCAGCUCAGCCCCUUCAUCGGGUCCACCGGCUCCCGCACGUCCCUCGCGCCCACCCCGCCCUGCGCCGCAGACCUGCGAGGAGGCAGCCAAACUGGGAGCCGGCCAGUCCCACCGCGUGGGCGGCCCAUGGGGCUUGGAGGCGCUUUCCCAUGGAGGGGUCCCAGAAUUCCAUCGUGGGGCCUCUUCCCUCAGACUGGUGGGACAGUUACCUCAAGCGGACUAUUUGGUCUCUUCGGCACCCCCGGGCGGUGGGGAGCCCGGUGACCGUCCGGAUAGCCCCUCCUGAGCGGAGAGCGCUUCCCUCCACUUCCCCCGCAGAGGUGAUGGCCUCCGCAGGGUCUUCGCUCUCUGAGAAGCCCCCAGACCCGUGUGCAAAGGAGACGGUGCUGAGGGCCCUCAGACAGUGCAAGAAAGGGAGAGUGAGGUUUGAAGAACCACUGGUUCCCGACGGCUCGCACAGCCAGAGAGGGAGUCCAGACACCCGACCAUCCGCGUUUAAGCCCCUGGUGAAAAACGGAGUUCUCACUUCUUUCGUGCCCAGGCCUGGGCCUCUGAAGAGAAGCCUCGAGUCCUGGAGCUCCGAUCGCAGCUCGAAUAAGAGGCCCAGUUGCUCCUCCGUGAGCUCCUCGGCCAGCACACACACAGGUAGCCCGCUCGGCUCCAGAAGAAAUGCUAUCACAAGUUCUUACAGCUCUUCUAGAGCUUUCUCUGAGCCCUGCAAGAGAAGCGUUCCCAGUGCAUACCUGCAGACACCAGAGUGGCCAGUAAAAAGGAAAGAAAAGGGUCAUCAGCCUCACUCCCCCCCAGUCCCGCUGGAAUCAGACGAGUCCCCAGCAUCGUCUGGCAGCUCUGGGCAGCAAAGUCAGGAGAUUCCACCGCCCCUCUCUAGUCCCGGGGACCGGCUGUCACUGAGCCCACCUCCCCAGCUUGGUGAUGCAGACCCUGAAGAGGACCUGGCCUUAGGGGAGAAAGGUGGACUGCAGGGUGGCGACAGAGCCAGAGAGGAGACAACUGAGGUCACCAGAGACUCUGUCUCUGAGACGUGCUCUGCUCUUCAGCCUUCCCUGUCUCUUACCCUGCUUUCCGCAGGCCCAGCUCCAACCCAGGGCACAAAUCCACAGCUGGAAAGCUUAACAAAAGUGCAGGGGUCUCCCCUGGGCCUCCCACCAUCUCCUGAAGAGGGAGAUUAUUCCCAUUCUGCUGGGAAGGAGCGUGGCCUGCUGUCCUCCCUCAGCUGCUCACAGUCAGAGCGCCUUCCAGGCACCUCUUCAGACUCAAGGCCCACGGCAGCUUUCAGCCUUCUGACCCCUGUUUCUCCCACGUCACGGGCCACUGACACCACACGGCCCCCUUCAGGCUCUCAGGCUGACAGGACUACCAUGCCCCCGGGGCUGCCUGCCCUCAGCCCUGCCGGGCUCACUGCGCAGAGUCCUCUGUCUGGAAUGGGCAGCCCAGCUGCCCAUCUUCCUGCAUCUGUACCUCCUGUCGCAGCUUCUGCGGACCCCACGUCAAACCGCAUUUUGGGGCUCCCACCCAAGAGUGAGAUUGGAGGCUCCUUAUACUCCAGAACUUCGGUCACCACUACAGCAUCUUCAACUCCAAGCAUGUUGACUCCCACCUUCAAGCCUAUCUUCGGCGGCAUAGGACCACUUAAAACCAUGCCCAUGUUAGCGCCUUUCUCUUUCAAGCCGACCUCUCCUCUAGCUACUCCCGCUUCUACCCAUCUCCUCCAUGGCCUGGUCAAAGCUACCUCUGUCGUCGUACCCACCACCCCAGCCAGCACGUCCAAAGGCUCUUCCUUCAUGCCACCUUUGGACUUUGGCGUAGUGAAUGUCGCCAGUACCACGGACAACACUUACUCCAUCCCGUCGACCUGCCACACCUUCGUCCUCGGGGCUGCCUGUACCUUCAGGGCCAGCUUCGCCCCAGCCACAAGCUUCAUUUUCCCACUACACCAGCGUGCUACCAUUCCGACCGUGCACACGGUCACCAUCUUUAGCCAGGUUCUUUCCAGUGCUGUCCCGAUAUCCCCUAGUAAAAGCACUGCCAAUUUCAGGGGUGUGGGCAGUCCUCUGUCGGCUUCAGCCCCGGUCACCACACACCAGCCCUCACUAUCAUCCAGCAUAUCCAGUCUGACCUCAACAUUCGCAGUUCCCUGGGGGUCAGGCUCGAGGCCACCCUUCCCGCUCUCCCCAGGAGCCACUCUCCAGCCAGCAUUGGGGGCUACAGGUGGGCAGAAGCAAGGGGCCCCCCAAACAACCCUUGGCCCAAGCUUCAGUAGGCCUUUCAUUUUUGGAAACUCAGCCGUGGCACCCCCCACCCCAACCCCCACUCCAGCUCAGCCAGCCUUCAGCAGUACCAUGCAGUCACACUCCGGGGGUUUGACACCCUCAGCCUCCACCUGUCGCCUCCCUGCUGUCAUCUUGCCGAAUUUGGGCAGCACUCCAGCGGGGUUCCCCUUUGGUCAAGCUAGUACAACUGGUUUUGGGGUUGUGGCCCAGACCCAUGGGAAUGGAGCUUGUGGCUCAGUGUUUGGCAGCACAGCCCCACGACCUUUUGCCUUUGGGGGAUUAGUGACCCCCAUGGACUGUGGGGAGUCUGGGAUCAGUGCCACUGCCCCAGACAUGAGCUCCAACUCUGGAGCAUCCAGCAUUGGGCCAGUGCCAAGCCAGACCACGGGCACCAUCACACCCUUUGGAAAAGCCUGGAGCCAGAACACCCAAGGCCUGACCAACCAGAGCUCACCUUUUGUCUUGGGGAAGGCCAGCGUUUCUGCAAGAAAAACUAUGUUUGGGGGCCCCUGCAUGGGCCCCUUUGCUCAGAGCACCCCUGUCCCUGGGCCAGUACUAACAAGCAGCAGCCUCGGCUGUGGGAUGCCCUCUCCACCUGCCCGGGGUUGUGCUGGGAGAGGACUUUUCAGAACAUCAGCCUCUUCAUUUUCCAUUGGUGCAAAAUCAAAAACCCCAAAGAAUCGGGAGAAAGGGCAUUCCCGAAGGCAUCAUGCCCACAAGAAAUAGCCCGCGUCCCCUGUCCUCUGAUCUGGACCUCAGUAUUGGGAAGAGCCUCGGUGUCUUACAAUUCUCGAAAGCAAACAUCCCCCAGAUCUAAGGCUAGAGCUUUGCAUAUGCACCCUGUGGGUCCCAAUCUACAAUCUAGAAGAAGGUGAAGGACCAAGGUAUCCAGUGGAAACAGCAGAAUGAAACUGGGUGGGACCAAACCUCUGGAACAAUCCUCUCUGUGUCAGGUGCAGGGCAGUCAGGGCCCUGCCUCUGGCUUUUCCCUUGGGAAUAGGCCAGUACAGCCCACUCUCUGGCAUCUCUGGGGGGAGGAACAGAUUCUCUCAAGUCUUAGCCUGCUUUUAUUUGGCCCCAAGAAGUAGUUCCCCUUCUCUUGUCGCCUAGGAACCCUCACUCCGCACCGCUUUGUUCCUCAGUGAGUGCUUGGAGGAGCUUCUGAUACCAUUUGAUGAAAUCUUUGGUAAUUGUCCCUGACUGAUGAGCCCUGAGGGCACCCACGUGUCCCGUGCUUGCUGUCACUUCCCCCCACCGACCUGUUUUAAUCUUUUCCCGGGAGAGGUGGUGCUCCGGCCCCUCCCUUUUCCCUACCAAUUUAGCCCCUCACAGAUGGGUAGGUCAAUCCUCAGUCUGACAGACCCCAGUUGUCACUCCUCAUUCCAGAAAAGGGAAGCUCUUGGCCAGUGUCCCUCCAGGCUUGGAGCGAGCCACCGGGCUUCUGCUUGCCACUCCCCGGUGUGUCUGUGCAGACUUGCUCUCAUCACUUUGUCGACCCUACUGUGCAUUUUGUACUUUCAGCUGGGUUUGGAGGAGGAAUGGCUUGUAGGAGUGAUGUUAUGCGGAGAGAUGAAGCACCUGUGAGAAGGUUUCUGGAACCGGGCUGAUUGUAUAGGGCCAGCAGCACCACUUAAUGGCUGCAAGUGUUGAUGCCUGAACUCACAACAGUGUUUUGACUUCAAGGGAUGACUUCUCAAGAAGUAAGAGGGCCUCGAGUGGGAAGGACAGGUUCUUCUCCCUAUUAUAGUCCUGAUCUCUACAGGAUGAGCCAGAAAUGUCCAAUUAGGGAGCCAAAGGUUACAUUUCAUUUUUUCUUUUAAUCUGUACCUCCACGUUCACAUCUCUCCCGGAGAGGACAGGCAGGGCAGGAAGCCUCUUGGACCUGAGAACACGGGAGAGAGGGAGAAACAGCAGAUACAUCAGCAGACUUCUGCCCUGUAACCAAUAGGAGGUCUGUGAGUGAGCUGUGACAUAUUCUUUAGCACUUCCUAGUGGGAAAAAAAGAGGCAAGCAUGAC